AUGACGACAACAGACCAGAAGUCGCUCCUAGACCGCGUCUUUGCCGCAAAGACCACAGAAGAAUCCCGCGAACUAUAUGACGAAUGGGCAAAGACGUACGACUCAGACAUGACGCUCCACGACUUCACCGCCCCACGCCUCGUCGCCCAAGCCGUAGCCCGAGGUCUGAAGCUGAACCACAUCUCACCAGAUAAGCCUCUUGAUGGUCUCAAGAUUGUGGAUGCAGGAUGUGGUACUGGCCUUGUUGGCAUCGAACUCUCCAAACUUGGUGCUACGGAUAUCUUGGGCGUCGACAUCAGCGAAGGGAUGCUAGCCGUUGCUAAGAACACCGCAGUAUACGGUGACUUGACGACCGCAGAUUUGACGAAAAAAUUAGAGUUUGAGGAUGGAAAAUUCGAUGCACUAACGUGCUGUGGCACGUUCACACAUGGCCAUCUAGGGCCGGAGUCGUUGGAGGAAUUCGUGAGGGUUGUCAAGGAUGGCGGGGUUGUGGUCGCGACCGUUCUCGAUAGCUUCUGGGUAGAGAAGGGGUUUGAGAAGGAAGUCCAGAGGCUGGAGAAGGAGGAGAAGAUCGAGGUCGUAGAAAAGGACAUACACGACUAUCGGAAAGAUGCUGGAGGUGGGCACGUGCUAAUUCUACGGAAGCUGUGA